AUGAAGACCUCCAAAUCUCAUGAAAACAUAGUAAAUGAGACGACGCCUCUCGUACUUGCAAAGGGCUCGAAGAAACCCAAAACGCCCCUCCCAAAACUUCAGAUGGGCUUACUUGUAGCGUUGCAACUUACCGAACCUAUCGCUUCGACAUCUAUAUUCCCGUACAUCAAUCAGCUGGUAAGAGAACUUGGAAUCACUAGGGGCGGCGACGCGGCUGUAGGAUAUUAUGCUGGGAUGAUUGAAUCUCUGUUUUUUGUCGCGCAGGCACUAACGGUGCUGAGGUGGAGUAGGCUAUCUGACCGCAUCGGGCGCAAGCCGGUGAUGGUAAUCGGACUCUCGGGUGCUUGCAUCUCGAUACUGUGUUUCGGCCUCUCAACGACAUUUUGGGGUCUGGUCAUUAGCCGCGCCAUGUGCGGUCUUCUGAAUGGCAAUACUGUAGUGAUGAAGACCAUGGUGGGAGAAUUGACGGACUCCACGAAUAUGACCCAGGCAUUUGCCAUGUUCCCGAUCGUCUGGUGCAUCGGAGGCUUUAUUGGUCCUUUGAUAGGAGGAACACUCGCACGUCCACAGGAUCAUUGGCCGGCAUUAUUCUCCGGUCCGUUCUGGAGAGACUACCCAUACUUUCUGCCUUCUGCAGUGGCAGCCUGCCUGUUCUUCCUAGCCCUUGUGAUGAUCUUACUGUUCUUAGAAGAGACAUUAUCGACGAAACGUCGGCCGAAGUUCACUUCAACUACGGUUAGCGUUUCAAAUAGCCCCGACAGUGAAUCACUCGUCAAAAACUCGAUGGCAACCGUGCCCUUGCGAUCUCUCCUUAUGCCUUCGGUCGUCAUUCCAAUUGCAAACUUCGCCGUGACCGCCUUCCUUGACAUUGGUUUCAGGGUUCUUAUGCCCCUAUUUUUUUCGACGCCUACUUAUCUCGGCGGUCUUGGAUUUGAUCCUGCUACUAUUGGCUCGUGGCUGGCGUUAUUUGGGAUCGUCGAUGGUGUCUUCCAGGGCUUAUUCUUCGCCAGAAUCGUCGAUUGGAUUGGUCUAAAGCGUUUAUUCUGUAUUUCAGUAUCGUGCUUCGCACCACUCAUGGCUAUGUUUCCACUCAUGUCGUGGAUUCUAGUCAUGGUAGUCGUAUGGCAUAUGACCUAUGGGAUUAUUUUGGUGUUUAUCAGAAUGUCUGCUCCUACAGAUGAAGUCCUUGGCACUAUCAAUGGCCUCGGCCAAACCUCUGUGGCGGUAGCUCGCGCCGUUGGUCCCGCGUUGGCGACCUCGCUCUUUGCUGCAUCGAAGCAACACAACCUUCUAGGAGGAAAUGCAGUUUUUGUUGUGUUAAUCGUGUUGGGUGGUGGAUUGAGAUGGCUGGCGUCGCAGUUGCCAGAUGAUGUACGAGACAGGGAUGAGUGA